UAUGUAUGUUCUCUUCCAGCAUUGACUCCUGAGCUGAAGUGCACCUUGGAUAAAGUUGUUAAAUCACACAAAGUAGUUCUCUUUAUGAAGGGAACCAAGGACUUUCCACAAUGUGGGUUCUCAAAUACAGUAGUACAGAUACUGAAAUCCCUGAAUGUGCCAUUUGAAACACUGAAUAUGCUAGAGAAUGAGGUACUGCGUCAAGCAUCGAAGGAAUACUCCAGCUGGCCUACCUUUCCUCAACUUUACAUUGAUGGAGAGUUCUUUGGCGGUUGUGACAUUACUGUUGAGGCUUAUAAGAACGGACAGUUGCAGGAAUUAGUGGAGAAGGCAAUAUGCUCCUGAUCAACAUGUUUUUAACCAGAAUGCUUGAUCUUUUCCAGUGUUGUGAAAGUAUACUCUACUAGGAGACACCAUUUAUUGGCGUUAAUGUAGCAUUUCUAUUGUGUGAGCCUCUUUUGUGGUCGUUCUUCAUUUGGGUUUUGAGUCUUGAAUUCUGCAUUGUUAAAAUUUAAAUGCUGAACAUAAUGAAUUGGGAAAUAAUAAUCUAUACAAAUGGUGCUUACAUAA